AUGCUGACCCUCUGGGCCCUGGUCAUCACGCUGACCAUCCAGGCAAAAGCAAUUGACCUGCCAAGUCCAUCUUUACUGGUGGGAACUCUUCCUAUCAAUGAAGCCACUGGGGCUGUCAAAAACGUCCCUCUUGCUCUAAUGGGAAGACAGCUCAGAAAAGGCUCUCCAUCUAUAAAACGUCAAGUUGGGACCCCAGGAGUCAAGUGUUCACCUGUGGCCAAGUACUUACUAUCUAGAAACUACCUUGAAAAAUAUCUGAACACCACCCUGACCUCAAAGAUCAAGAAGAAGUUGAUGUGUGAGGAGGUCCUUCUGUCUGGUAUGAUUGGGGAAGUGAUAUACAAGGUGUCUAGCUCCAAUCUACUGUCUGUGUUAAACAUACUUGAAGGUGAUCCUCUUGGUGGCAUCCUGGGCAAGGAAAGUGGUGGCCAGUCCCCAAAGCUCCCACUGCCAUUGCUCUCAAAAGCCACUGAUGCACUUGGUACCCAAAAGGAUCUGGGCAGCCUACCACCCACUGGUGCAGAGAAGAAUCCUGUAAAAGGACUCAUCAACAACCUUGGUCUUGCAAAUCUCCCCCUGCCCCUGAAUGAUGUAGGUGACCAAGCCAGCAAGCUCACAGAAUCCACCCAGGGCAUGCUGAACAGUGUAGUGCCAGCAGGCAUUGGAGACGCAGUUACAGGCCAGCUGGAAAAACUUAACAUAGAAGAUCUCCUAUUAGGAUUAGAGGUUCAAAAAGUGACUGUGGAGAGCAUGACAACAACCAUGACAGGUGAUGGGAUUCUCGUCCAUGCCACAACUACUGCCUUCAUAGGUGGAAAAGGUCUAGCAGGACCUGUAGUCAGCAUACUAGGAUAUGAAGUACAUGGCGAUGUAACCCUGAAAAUUGGCAUUUCCACGAACAACACCCAGUGUGUCAACCUCCAAGUCGAGGACAAGGACAUCAAGAUCAAGAAAGUGACUCUUCAGAUAACGGACAUGUACUUUCAAGAAUCGGAAUCGUGUAACAUUGAUUUCAGUGAUUUCAACGAAUGCAAGAACUGUGAGUACAACCAGACCUCCCUGGGGCUGACAGGUCGAUGGAGGGCUCCUCUGGGAUCCCACCAGAUGACAGACCAGGGAGCUAAAGCCCUCUUUAACAACAAUAUAGUCCCUGUGCCCGGAAGCCCUCUUCCACCAGAUCCUAAAAAUGCCAACAUUUUCCUAACUCUGUCCCAUAUGUUACUCAAGGUAAUCAUCACUCUAAGUGCCAAGCAGAGCUCUGCCAAGAUGAAUAACCUGACUGCAAGCAUCACCAAAAUAGCCUACUUCUUCCAAUCAGGCAACAAAAUCCAAGUCACCUACUGGGUUACUGUGGAAAAGGAUGGUGAGAGUGUUGCUAAUGGGAAAACGGAGGACGAGGUGCAAGAUAUAAUGCACUUGCUUCUGAAGAAAUUUUUGUCUGCCUUUAAUGAAAUGACGAGUACAUGGAAUGUUCCACCAGGAAUAACCUCAAAUCCUCUAACCAAUGCCAAGGUUCAAGUACUUAAAUCGAAUGAUCUUCAGGCAGCAAACUAA